UUUAUUUUAAUGCAGCUACUCCGUCCUGUCCAAGCAAACAAGGAGGAAACAGAUGAGCUGUCCGCUCUACUGGGGUUGAUCUCUCCCCGCUGAAGUCAUCUGGAUGACAGCAUAUUAAAAAAAACACCCGGAACAGCGAGUUUUAGAGAUGCAGUGAUGCUUUUAACCUCCACACAGUGACUCCACAUCACCAACACCAGCCUCGCUUCCAGCUCCAAUGAUCUUCCACCUCUGACUCUUUCCUAAAAUUGACCAGUAGGUGGGGCCAGCCCUGCCCAGGUGGGGUGGCCAGCGAUGGAAGGCCGACGUGGUGGAGGCAGCAGCAUCGGUAGCUACUCACAGAUCCCUGUCAGAACAGGCAUGGAGUCUGUCAACUCGCCGGCCGUUUCUGUGAGAUUGGAGGCGUACGACAUCGGAGAGAAGAAAUGCAUCUCGGAUGUGAGGAGGACUUUCUGCCUCUUUGUCACCUUUGACCUCUUGUUCGUCACCAUGCUCUGGAUCAUAGAACUCAAUGUGAACGGCGGCAUUCAGAAUCGGCUGGAACAAGAAGUGCUGCACUACGACUACCACGCCUCCUUCUUCGACAUCUUUCUGCUGGCAGUUUUCAGGUUUGCCGUGCUCAUCCUGGCCUACGCUGUCUGCAAGCUUCGUCACUGGUGGGCCAUCGCGGUAGGUUUUAAGGCUGCACGCCACAACAGUGUUUCUGUAAUUGCGCCACUGCUGAGUCAGGGGGCCUUUGGCUACCUGCUGCCCAUCAUCUCCUUCGUUCUGGCCUGGAUAGAAACGUGGCUGCUCGACUUCAAGGUCCUGCCUCAGGAGAUCGAAGACGAAAACAGACAUCGGUCCAUCAUAGAUACAAGUAGGGCUCCUCUCCUGGGUCCAGGUCCUUUAUCUGAUGGGCAGUUCUACUCUCCGCCAGAGUCUUUGGCAGGUCUGUUUCCUCCCACUGACAUCAGACAAACCCAAACACACUCGCUUCAGCUGUCGCUCCUUCAGACUGCUCAGUCUGAUGAUUCUGACUCUUCAUUCCCAUUUAAAUGAGCGUACAGACACAAAAUAUGAAGA